UCAGUACGCCAGGAGAUCUUUGCAGGAGUAGACGAUUAUUACUUUUUUGUGCCUAAAAAACAAAUGCUAAUGAAAAAAAAUAGGUGCUAUAUGUUAAAACAAAAAGUCACUCAUAAAUACUGUGUCAGUAAAAUUGUGGAGUGAAAAGUAACUUAUGAACGCAGCAACAGCGAAAAGUAUAGCCGAUUUGGCACCGGUAAAAAAUUGUUACGUGUAGUGACAUUUGUAUUAUUUUGUAGAAUUUUAUAACCAAGGUUAACAUGGCGCAAACAAUUUUUGGAGUAUGGGACUAUAUCAUCAUGGUUGCUACAAUGGUAUCCUCCAUUUCUAUUGGACUUUAUUUUCGAUUCAGUGGAGGGAAACAAAAAACAAAUGACGAGUAUCUUUUAGCCGAUCGCAACAUGUCGAUAUUUCCAGUAGCCGUGUCAUUAAUGGCGUCUUUUAUGUCUGCGAUCACGCUGUUGGGGCUUUCAGCGGAAAAUUAUUAUUUCGGAAUGCAAUUCGCCGUAAUUAAUUUUGCUUACGGCAUCGCCACUCCCAUAGCCUCUCGGCUCUAUCUGCCAGUAUUUUUUGGACUACAGAAAACUAGUACAUACGAGUACUUAGAACUGCGAUUCGGACCUCAAAUAAGAAUGAUAGCCUCCUUGACGUAUACUUUACAAAUGAUCUUAUACAAUGGCAUAGUGUUAUACGCACCAGCUAUCGUUUUGGAAUCUGUAACUGGAUUAGACAGAUUGAUAUCCAUAUUAGUUGUUGGUUUAGCGUGUACCUUUUACUCCACCCUUGGCGGUAUGAAGGCUGUGCUUUUCACCGACUUAUUACAGUCUUUACUUAUGUUCGGAGCGGUAUUUAGCGUCGUUAUAUUUGCAUCAGUACAACUUGGAGGACUUGAUCAGAUAUUUAUCAAAGCUCAGGAAGGCGGGCGAUUAGAUUUUACCAAUUUCAGCAUAAAUCCAACAGAGAGACACACGUGGUGGUCUCUUAUAAUUGGAGGAUGUAUAACAUAUCUGUCUCUAUAUGCCGUAAAUCAUACACAGGUGCAACGUCUUCUCACAGUCAGCACUUUGGAGCGUUCGCAGCAGUGUCUGUGGUGGAGCUGGCCUGUACUGUCCGUCCUGAGUAUCAUGACCUGCAUAAGUGGUUUGAGCAUGUACGCUGUUUAUAAAGACUGUGAUCCGCUGGCCAGCAAAAGCAUCAAUGCACCUGAUCAACUGAUGCCGUAUUACGUUGUGGACGUAAUGAAAUCUGUGCCAGGACUGGCUGGGCUGUUUGUAGCGGGGAUAUUCAGCGCCUCCUUGUCUACUAUAUCUGCUUCUUGUAACGCGCUGGCAGCAGUCACGUUAUCGGACUACGUGAGCAGGUGGUGUAGAAUAAAUCCGUCAUACUUACCGUGGCUAACCAAGUUAGCGGCGUGUGGAUUCGGCCUGGUAUUCCUGGCUUUGGCAUUCCUCGCUGAGCACUUUGGUGGAGUGUUGCAAGCCUCCCUGACUAUAUUCGGAGCAGUCGGGGGGCCAUUGUUUGGACUAUUCACUUUAGGGAUGUUUACCACGUACGCCAAUGAGCGAGGUGUAUCAGUGGCUCUAAUCAGUGGUAUGGCAGUGACCUUGUGGAUUAGUUGUGGCGGUCCACGUCCCUUCCCAGUCAAACUGCCAGUGAGUGUUGAAGGGUGUCCCAUGAACGUGUCAUCACUCGUAAUACCUCCGUCGCAACCUACCGAUUAUUUCUACAUGUAUCGAAUCUCCUAUAUGUGGACUAGUCCGAUUGGUUUCGUGUGGGUGUUAGUGGUGGGCACCGUAAUAUCCCUUUUAUGGAAACAGCAGCAACCGUGGCAGAAAGCAGGUCUCUCUCACCCCAACCCUGCGCUUUUUACACCGCCUUUAGCGAACAGGCUGCGAGCUAAAUAUGAUAAGAAAUCGAGCGUCCAAUGUGAGCUUCUCAACAGCAAAGAAUGAGGAUCGUGCUAUUAUUUAUAAGUAAAACAAAAAGACACAGUU